AAACUCUGUGCCACCAAUAGACCGAUGUAGAUUGUGGCAUGUAAUGUGAAUCUGCCAAAAGUCGCAGUCCAUUUGGUUGUCCCAACAACUUAGACUCAUGAAGACUAAGGGCUGCUGCUGGGGAUGUUCCUUCUUGAAAGUUCAUGAUUAAUUGUGAUCAUUGUCCCAUGUGGUAUCAUGGUAGAUGUGUCGGUGUCAAAGAGGGAGAUUGGUCUAACAUGAAUUGGAUUUGUCCUUCCUGCUGCAAAGCGCAAGCAGAGUGUCAAAAACAAAUGAAACGCUGUGCUGAGCUCACUGAACAGAACCACAAUAUUUUGAAACCUAUUAUUGGCACUGUAGAGACCUCUUAUACUCUACUAAAACAGCAAGAAAAUAAUUUUGAAGCACUAGAAAAUAAGUCAAGAGAAAUUGAAAUUUUGAAAGAAAGAUGUGAGAAUCAAACUGCAAUUAUUAACGAGUUGAAGGAAAGCUGCGAUAAAGAAAUUAAAAACAAUGAACAGUGGGGGAAAAAAUAUGAAAGCGAGGCAGCCAUUAAAAUAGAGUGGAAAAACAAACAUAAAGAGCAGAUGGCAAUCAACGAAGAGUUGCAGGUAAAGAUAAAAAAGUGGAAAGAAAAAUAUGAAAACCAAUUGAGAAUUAACAAAGAACUACAGGAUAAGUUCAAUAAAAGGCAAGUAACUGUUCUCAGUUCAGCAGUUAAGGGGGAAAAAAAUCCCACCUCCACUGAAAAUACAAAGAAAGUUACAAUUGUCAAAAGAAAACAUGAUAUGUCUCAAGGAAAUAGAUCAGAUCCUCAUAACUCUGAUGAAGAUUUUGAUGUCAAGUCUCAGAAAAAGUUCAAGAAUCAAAGACUCUCUCUGUGAAUUUUAGAACAAUUAAAGAACACCAUUUGAGAAUUUGUAGUUUAUUUUAUUGUCUUUACCACUCUGCCAUUUGGCGAAUGGCUGUAAGUUGACAUGCUGUAAGUUGACAUCAAGGUUAACGGCAGACUGGAUAGAUAUCACUAACUACUAUGGAAACAAAUUUGUCAACAUGCGUGGCAACACUUUUGAAAGACAACUUCUCUUUUUUGGUGUCUCAAAUAAGGUCCCAAGUGUGUACUUCCUAAUUUUAUGGAAUAU